AUGCCCCCCGGCAGCCGGCGGCUCGCCUGGAUCCUCGCGGCAGCCGCCGGCGCGCGGUCGCAGCCGGCACUGGCACCCGAGGUGCGGCCGUCGCUUGUCCUGUGGCUCUCGCCGGCGAGCGUCGAGGCUGCGCGCGCGUCGCGCGCCGUCGCGCGCUGGCGCGACGAGAGCGGCGGCGGGUAUGUGUUCGCGCCACUGACGGCGGCGCAGCAGCAAGCCGCCGGUCUCCGGUGGCGGACGGCGGUCGAGCGGCAGCGCGCGGCGCUCCCACCCGACGACGCGCCGCCGGCGCGCGCCGCCGGCGUGUUCGCCGCGUCGGCGGCGCCCGGCGGCGGCGUGCGCUUCCCGGCGCCGCUCGUCGCCUCCGCGCUGCAGCUCCGCGACGGCGUUACGUGCUUUUUCGUCCUGACUCCGGCGUGGCUUCGCGACGGUGACCGGGCCGUCGGCCAGCGCUUCUUCGGCCACUACCCGCUCGGCCAGUUCCGCUUCCACGACCGGCGCGUCGCCUUCCGUACCGCGGCAGGCGACGUGCGCCACUCCAAGGUGCUCGAGAGCGGCACCAAACUUGUUGCGGCGUACCGCCUCGACGGUCGCGUCGAAAUGGCCGUCGACGGAGCGCCGUUCGAGGCCGGCGCGAAGCCGCGCGCCGGCGCGUCGCCGGCGCCGGUCUUUAGCGCGUCGGGCUACGUCACGCUCGGCGGCUGCCCGCCGCACGACGCCUUCCUGGGCGACGUCCACGAGGUCAUGGUCUUCGGGACCGUCCUCGCCGACGCGGCCGCGCGCCACGUCGCGGAGGUCCUCGCGACCAAGCACGGCGUGGCGAUAGGGGCGCUGCCGCCGACGGCGUCUCGAUUCGGUCUGCCGACGUCUCACGCGACCGGCGCGGCCGCGGCGCCGAGCCCGCCGGCGGCGCGGGGGCCGCCGCCGCUCGCCGACUUCCUCGAGGCGCGCGUCGCCGGCGAGUGGGAGGCGGAUCCAGACGUCCAGAGGGCGCGUCCGGUCCGCGCGCGCCAGAGACCGACCGCGCGCGACCGCGUGGCAAGCUACGCCGCGCUCAAGGACGGUCGCGACCGCGAACGGCGCGAGGCCGACGCGAGGGCCGGCGGGCGGACCCACCGCGCCCAGCGCGGCGCGCCGAGCAGCGGCGACCCCGGACCGCCGCUACUUGCGCGCCUCCAGGAGGCGCAACAGCGGCUCAACGAGAUCCAGGGCGCCGUCGACGCGAUGCGACCCGCUCCGAAUCCGCGCGCGCCGCCGGCGGGCCGCGGGCGCCGCGACCACGGGCCACCACCGCCCGCGCCCCCGGUCGCGCCGGCUGCCGUCGAGGCCGUGCCCGAGCUGGCCGAGCCCGGCGCCGCGAGGUGCCUUGGCGGCGACGCCUUCGGCCGCGCGCCGGUCGCUCGAUGGGAGCCGCCAGAGACGGCGCGCCUCGAGCAGAUCCAGCAAUGGAAGAAACUCAAAGCCCAGUCGGACGCUGCGAUUCGUGGCUUCGCGCGGGGGGGCAAGGAGCUCCGCGCCUUUGUCUCCGACCAGGUCGACCGGCUGCGGCUCGCGCGCCACAAUCUUUUCUGCGGUCUCGCUCCCCCUGGCCGCAGGGUGGCUUAGGAUAAAUACCAAAGCAGACAAGGAGGCGGUCCCCUAAUUUGAGAAUCGAGAG